AGUAACCUGGAACUUGUAAAAAUACGUAAGUAAAUCGAAGUAUUAAAAAACGAUGAUUUUCAAUUUUAAGAUACGUCAAGACGCACACUUUGUCAUUAAUUUACGUAUACAUAAUAAUUGUGAAAUUGAGAUUCAGGACUACUUUCUAAUCCUGAAUAUAGUACAAUGUCUGUCCUUUUGUCGCGUAUAAAAUUUAUCGGAAUCAUUCUUGACAAGAUCAGUCAUCUCAAUAUUUUUAAUAUCCAUCUGCGGCGCUGCUGACAAACGAAUCAUAAUUAAAUUUGUAAUUUUUGUUAUUGCGACGGUGCUCUCACGAUUAAACAACUUGUAUAUAUACAAACAAUCGGACGAGCGAAAACAAUGAGUGACUCGUCAUAUUCGCUCAUCCUCUCAAGUCUUCCAUUUCCGUAACCACAAAACGGAUCUGUCCCUUUAUUAGCAUUUGUCGCACGUCAUACCGUUUGUACAUUAAGAAUCCAAUCGCAACGUUACUUUAGCUUAUGUUUUUACGCCUGUCAUUGGGUACUGAAUAACAUAGAAAAUUCAAGUUCCGUGUAAUGGAAAAUGCUAUGUUAUCACGCUCUGCGCAAUGAUUGCGUUUGGCCAGCGGCUGCACGGUCCUGCAAAUUCGCGUGCAUGUAUUUAUUACGUGUAGAAACGCGAGGUAGUGCAUUUCUCGCGAUGGUCCUCGUGAUAUACUAACUUUCUUCCGACAUUCCCGACUUCCCGUCUGAACGUCACAAUAGAAAAGCUUCGCUUCUAGCAGAGAAGAUUGGACAAAGCCCCCGUGUCCCUGCAUAAUACUUCGCACGUGCGUUCGCAUACACUCGUCUAAAAAUAUACGAACCGCGGGGCACUUUGAACAUCGGCCCGAAGCUUCGACUCUUGUCGGCCGUUUCCGUACGUCGCGACUAGCUCCGUUGCUUGGUUACUUGGUUGCUCUUCGCUGAUACAUAUGUGUACGCGCGCGUGUAGUUGUGUCUCGGGAAGCACCAGAUGCAGUUGGUGGGUGUGCACGCACGCCUGAGAAUUUAGGUUUGUUAGCUAGAUGAACCUCGAUGACCGUUGAGUUAUUUUGUCUCGUUACUUUCGCGAGAUGUAAAUAGCUUUGAUUUUCCACACUUGUGCAUUGUAGAACUCUGGAUCGUUUGAUUAGCUCGUAUAUAGAAGUUGCUUUGCAUACUCGUGGGACGAGGAAAUUGUAUUUUUAGAACGAUAAAUUUUGUUGCCAAUUGCUUGAGUGCAGUUUUUAUACGAAUGAAUGUUCGUUAUUUGCUCUUGAAAUGUCCGUGCAAUAUCCUCACAAGCGCGGCUGUGAGGAUACAGAUAAUGACAAUUCCAACGAGACUGCUGUGGUGACAAAGCAAGUGCAGUUGAGUGCCUGACCAAAAAUUUGUGUAGGCUGACAAGUUUAUACGUACAUUAGUUACAGUCGGACGUGCCGUUCAUUAACAAUGAGGAAAGAACAAGCUUCGUGUAAAAAAUAAAUUUUUUAUAUAGUUUUUUUUAAAACUAUAUAAUUUGUUUUUAAACAUAUUUACCUAUGAAUUCAAGUGCAUUAUUACUCAUUAUAAUUAACUAUAUUCGAUAAAUUCAAUUAAAUUACAAACUUGAAAUUUGUUAUUUAAAGACAUUGUCUUUACUUAUUUGGUAUACGUUAUAGUUAAAUUAUGAAAAUGUCGCCGUAAAUGUCAUAAUUCAUUAUAUAUACGUUAAUAGUAUAUAUAACUUCAAAAUGUAUAAUAUAAAAGAAGCGAAUAUAAUAUUCAUAAAAUAAAUAGUCUUCUAAUAUUUCUCGACACAUCCAUGUAAAGUUUAUCUAACCUUGACAAGCGCCGUACUGUUCGUGAUUAACGUGAAGUCAUUAUAUCUAAAUCUUUUAGCAAUUAUCAAUCGUAAAGAUAUGUCAGUCAAAUAAUGAAUCUCGCGCACUCCAAACAGAAUCCCUUUUCAUUCUAGGUAUGGCAAUGAGAACGAGAGGUUGAUAUGCACAAGCAUACGAAACAGGUGAUAUACGGUCCAGUUAGUUGACAAAGAGUUAUUAACGACAAUGGGGAAAGUCAAAAUUAAUCCUGGGCAACUACCUGUUAAGGCUCAUUUCUUCUUCUUUAUGGCAGCUAUGGGGCCAAUCCUGCCAUUCCUGCCGGUGUACGGCAAGCAAUUGGGAGUGUCAGCCUUGGUGAUGGGCAGCAUAACGGCGGUACUGCCGCUGCUGUUCCUCGUGGCGAAACCGGCGUUCGGCUUCGUCGUCGACAAAUUUCGCGAGUGGCGUCGCGGCAUCUUCAUCGCGCUGCUGGCGGCGACGAGCGGCUGCUACAUACUGAUGUACUUUCUGCCGGCGCUCCCGGGACCGGUUCUACCUGACAAUGGCAAAUUCUUCAACGUCUCGUGCGCGAAACUUGUCGAGUGCUCCACCGCGACAAUCAAUGUAACAGAUUCCUGCGUGGAUGACGGCAGGUCGAGCACAUGUAAGUGGCAGUGUCGUGAUUCGGGCAACUUUACCGCCGACGUCUACUUUCACGCUGAUCUCAAGACAAAGUUCGAGCCGGAUACUUCCUGCUUCAUCGGUAACCUGAGUUCGAGGCAAUGCCGGGAAAAUGACGUCUGCGAUGUAACGUGCAAUGAUUCGGAGCACGAGAGUGCCUGCGUUUAUGGAUCCGUUACUUUUUGGGGAUUCGUGCUGCUGAUGUCACUGGGAAACAUUGGAUUCAACGUCAGCAACUGUAUUAGCGAUGCAAUCUGUUUUGACGUACUGGGUGAAGGUGGACAAAUGAGUUACGGGAGACAAAGAGUAUGGGGCUCGAUUGGUUUUGGCAUAGCAGCACUCAUGAGUGGAUAUGCAGUGGAUUGGUGGUCCUCUAGUGAUACUAUAAAAUCAUACACUCCGGCAUUUGUAUUCAUUUCUGCCUUUACGCUUAUUGAUCUUGGCUGUUGCUCAAAAUUACAGUUACCAAUAAUAUCUGGGACUGAUAACAUUCUCAAAGAUGUUUACAAAUUAAUCAAAAUCAAACCUAUUGCCAUUUUUCUCUGUUUUGCAACGCUUGCUGGUAUUCUAGAUAGUUUCAUUAUCUACUUUUUAUUUUGGUAUUUAGAAGACCUCGCUUUAGCAACUGGUCACAUGCACGAUAUAAAACUUAUUGAAGGAUUGACAGUAUUCGCUGAAACUUUAGGUGGAGAAGUGAUUUUUUUCACUCUAUCAGGUAAAAUUUUGAAGAAAAUCGGCUAUGGCUACACGUUUGUAUUUUGCUUCGUGUGUUACGCUCUACGACUUGGCCUAAUCUCACUGGCACCAACACCUUACUGGGUGGUACUCAUUGAGUUUUUCAUGCAAGGUCCUACUUACGCGCUUUGCUACACGACCAUCGUAGCCUACGCGAGCGUUGUUGCACCAUCCGGGACGUCUGCCACUGUACAAGGGAUUGUUGCCGGCAUGGACGAUGGAUUGGGUUUCGCAGUCGGUAGUCUGAUUGGUGGUAUACUGUACAAAGAAUACGGCGGAGUUUUAACAUUGAGAAUGUACUCAAGUUUAGCUCUUAUAACAGCAAUUGCCUAUUUUAUUGUGCAUACGACUUAUCUCAAGCAUGUGAUGCCAGAAACAAAUACGCGAAAAAAUGUUGAGUGGAAAAGUCCAGAAGAUGCUUUAAAAGCCUGUGAAAAGUUAGUUGGACAUUAAUGAUUUUAAAAAUUUUUAGUGCCACGAUUGAAGAAUAUUUGAUUGACUUUUGUCUUAAGUUCCUUUUCCUCAACUUAUCCAAUGUAUAAGUAAUUAUUAAUACAUUAUUUUUUUUACAUUUCAUUUAUCAUUAAAAAAACUACAUUCAUUUUAGUCGAAUUUAGAUAAGUGUCAUAAUGUUAAACUAAUUAAAAUACA